AUGGACCCUUCAUCGACAGCGCGACCUCGCAAGAAUACUCGGGUGCUCACCGCGUGCAAUGCCUGUCGUCUCACCAAGACUCGAUGCGAUUCAGCACGGCCAAUUUGUGCUAAAUGUGUCCAGCGGGGUGUAGCUUGCGAGUAUCCGGAGACGGAUGCCAUCUCAAUUCUGGAUACAUGGGGCGCCAAAAUUCUAGACGCAGUAGAACGUCAAGAGCGGCUUCUGUCAGAGAGCCUCUCUUUGAACCGGGGACCUCCUCUUUUUUCGCAACAGGCGUCGCCAUCCCCAGUGGACGAGGUAGAUCCCGAGUCAAUCUCGCGUAAUGAUGCGCUUAAAACGCCUAUUACCGGGUCGGACAUGCUUCUCAGCUGGCCUAUCUUUCCGAAAGAGAAGUCUGUGUCGACUUUUCCAAUGGCGGCGUAUUCCGAGAAGCCAGAUCGUUUUCAGACGGCUCUACCAAGCCUGGACCCCCAAAGGCUUCUCGAACUGCGCGAGAUUUUCAUGACCAAGAUCUGGACCAAGAACCCGAUCGUUGAUCCUGACCAGCUGGACUUCUAUAUCGCUCGAGUGCUGGAAAAUGGUAUUGACUGGUCUGCCUCAUCAUGCUUGGUGCUACUUAUAUUUGCGCUUGCGGCAAUCUGGGGGAACUAUCCUGACGACGAAACGCGCGAGGUCUCGUACAACGAACCAUCGUUUAGUCCACCGGUCACUUACCUAACUAUAUCGGUUCCGGAACACCGAAUGAAGGAGUCGUUGACCUUCCUCUCCAUGGCGCGUAAGCGCAUCUCCACUGCUUAUCUCGACGAUACCUUGCUGGGAGUGCAGUGUCUGUGUUUAUUUGGAAUCUGGUAUCAGUAUAACAUCGAGCCGAUUCCGGGCUGGAAAAUGUUUCGGACAGCAUCCAUGCUGUGGCAAACGUAUCGUUUGAAACACCGCGAGGGAAAGACGAUUAGAACUGCGCAGGAAGAAAACCUCGAAGCAGUAUCUUCCUACUAUUAUCUGGCCGAGAUCUUCUUGCGCAGGCUUCUAAACCGGGCCCGCAACGCGGUCCGUGUGCUCUCCCCAGAUAUCGACCCGCCGACCAUCAAGACUCUAGCAGAUACUCUGACGCAACUUGAAGGUCAAUUACAGCAGUGGGUAGACUGUCUCCCCCAUACACUCCGGUUCAACAUGCCUCUCGAAUCCGCCCCCGGACCGAACGAAGGUGAACUCAUGAAGCUAAGCCGCGAGCGAUACGUCGAGGUGCGCGAACUGCUCUGCCGCGCGUAUCUAUACUUGUGCAUCCAUGUAACACUCGACCCAGGGAUCGCGGCGCUAUAUGGGGUCAAAGCGAGCGAGGCGCUACAUUUGGCGGUUUAUCGCAUCCAGACCGAGGUGCCAUUCUUCCGACAUCCGGGGUCAUGGGGAGCAUGUCGAGUCCGGUUCAACCAUGCGAUAUGCUUGAUUGCAGGAUUUCGCGCAAAGCUGAUGCAGCGCCCCUCGGCUGAAUAUGUCACUAUUCCUCCUGACUGGGCGGACUGUGUACGGGUGGUGAUUGAGCGUUUGAAGAUCUGGGGUGAGGAGGGGGGCGGGAUCAAGGAGUUAAGUGUGCUCCUGCAGUGGUUGAUGCAUGGCAAUUUGGACUUGUAG